UUUGUAAAAUUUUCCUGUCGCUUCCGCAGCAUCCGAGUAGUCCUUUGUUUACGUCCUACGAUUGCUGUAAUGAGUCUCGGACGAACUGUGGUUUUCUGCAAAUUCUUCACUUAAAUUGUCGUCGGCGCUGGUGUCCAUCGAAAGGACGCGUUUCCCUUUGGCUCGGACAUCCUAGUGUGCAGUCAUGGCCGAGGCGAAUGUCGGCAAGAACGACAAAGACUUCGACCCGAGCGUCGAAAUGCUAGUUAACGACUUCGACGACGAGCAGACCUUGGAGGAGGAGGAAGCGAUGGAGGCCACAGAAGACACUCAGAAGGAACUCUGUAACCUGAAAGAGCUUCGUUCCCAACUUCAGGAGGGAGAAAUGCCUCUGGAACAACUCAUGGCCAUGUAUGGGUGUUACGCGGGAGGUGGUGAACCACCUGCUGAGAGUUCUGAGGAAGAAGAGGAGAAUGACGCGAAUGAAGAGGAAAAUGAAAAUGAGGAGAACGUUGAAGAGGAAGCUAGUGACUCUGAAAAUAAUGGCAAAAACUAUUCUGAACUGCAAAAAUUGUAUGAAGAUGAGGCACCAGCUAAAAAAGUCCCAGGAACUUCUAAAGGAACCAAUUCAAAUGAUGAGGAAGAUGAAGAAGAUUACGAUUACAGCCCAGAGGAAGAUGAGUGGAAAAAGACGAUCAUGGUGGGCACGGACUACCAGGCGAGCAUUCCGGAGAGCCUGAGCAAGUAUGGCGACGCGCUGCCUUACGAGAACGAAGACAAACUGCUGUGGGACCCAAUGCGGUUGCCUGAGCACGAAGUCACCGAGUACCUGAGAAAGGCGGCGCGGCCGUCGUCGCCGCUGCAGACGCCAGGCGCGACGCCGAGCACCAUGGGCCCCCUGCCGUUGGGCGCGCACCUACGCGACGACGAGAACGCGCUCUAUGUGUUACAGCAGUGCAGCUUUGACUCCAGCGAGGCGCUGCGCAGGAUCAACCUGGGCGCGCAGCCCACUUCCAUGGAUGUGUGGAGCGAGGAGGAAUGCCGCAACUUUGAGAACGGCAUCAGAAUAUAUGGAAAGGACUUUUAUUCAAUUCAAGCCCAUAGGGUGAAAACGAGAACUGUCGGCGAGUUGGUCCAGUUCUACUACUUAUGGAAGAAGACUGCACGCCAUGACAUGUUCGCCCACAAAACCAGAUUAGAGAAGAAAAAAUACGCCCUCCACCCUGGAAUUACAGACUACAUGGACCGGAUCCUAGACGAGCAGGAGAGCAGCGGGCAGACGCGAGACCGCAGCCUGUCGCCCAAGUCCAGCUGCCUUCUGCUCGGCGACCAGAAGCGGAGAGGCGGCGAGGGCGCCGCGCAGGCAGCCGAGAGCGGCGCGGGCGCGCACACGCACACCCUGUUGUCCAGCCUGAACCACCGGCACCAGGAGGCGGUGGACGCCUACCUCAAGGACAAGGAGGCCGACUUCUCCUCCAGUACAAACUCUAUUACGCAGGUGCAGUGACCCCGCGCCACUCGAUCACCCACGCGAGCCUUUAUUUUUCUAACGAAUAUCGAAAGCAAGCAUUCCACCACCGCACCCCGUCACCAGCCACGUCGACUGACGCUGGCCAUUGUUUCUUCUCGUUCCGCGUACUGCAUGCGUUCGCUUCGAUCAAUCAAAAGUGUUUCUACACAACACACGUGCAGUUAGUUCCCCCUGUUGACAUAUUUUGAGAGAGCCCUUUUUUCGCGAGUAUGAAAAACAAUAAUUAUUCAUAGGAUCACACACGGUAUCAUGUUAACUUGUUAUUUCCUAAUCGUCCAUCCGACAGGGAGAGAUUGUUCCAAAAAUUUUGCUUUGAAUCGCCAAAUAAUUCAUAUUGUGUAUCGGCAUAAGAGAAGAAUGUUGUGUCGCUAUUAUUGGACAAAUUAUUUUUUCAACGGUAAUUUUGAAAAAUGUGAAGCGUUUCCACUGACACAUUUCUUACUUUUUACUCAGGCACGUCAUUGGUUCUAAAAUCUGUCUCAUGUCUACCAGUUUUCCAUGAAAAAAGGUUGCAGGAAAUAACUUAAUUUUAAUUUGAAGGCAAAAAUCGGUUUUUGUGUAUAAUUUUGGAGAGUAUUAAAGUGUUCAUAUUUAAUUUCCACCUCACAUAUGAAAACACUUUCCUUGCUUUUAAUUUUAAUCAAAAUUUGCAAUCCUAAAACAUUAUCUCUUCAAUUUAAGCAAAUCUGUGAGUAAAUUGAGAUCAAUUUUAACUGCAUUUUGAAAUGUUUAUCAAGUAAAUGGAGAAAUAAUCAAAAUUUAGUCACCAUUUUUAAGUUUUUUACAUCGAUUCCUAUCGCAAAAUCAGGCGUAUUUUCUAAUGAGCAGGUUUUUUUAAGUAAAUCAUAAUGUAUUUUCCUUUUUUUUGUCAUUAAUAUACUGAUGCUGCCUUAAGUUGCCUUAAACUCGUUUUGCUCUUUUUCAGUGCAUUUUAUUCUUAUCUAUUUAGAUCUUAAUGAGAUCGAGCAUGCAUGCAAUUUUAUUUCCAACCACUACUAAAUUGUGCCAGAACAUAAACAAUCAAGUAAAAAUUCGAACAAAUCCAUCCGCGGCUGACUCAACAUUCUUUACUUGUUCCUUCUGUAUAAUUUGAAUCCGCGAGUUAAUGUAAUCUCUGUCAUGUACAAAGGCGAGUGUUAUGAAUGGUGUAUGUUUAUGAAUAUGUUCUCAAAUGCAAGCACAUCUGAGCCCUUUUGUGAGGGUGGUGCCCACGAAAUGUACAUUCAAAAUGUAAGACCAGUGGAAUAAAUUGUAAGUAACACACAUGUUCUUCA